AUGCGUAAAAAAUACUACAUAACACAAAGAAACACCAAACAAUUGACGAAGGAACAGACAAAAGAAGAAAUUGUGGUGGACAGUUAUACCUGGUGUAUAACUUCGUAUCCUUGGCCAAUUCAAGAUUAUAACACAAUGAUCUUCAUCGGAAGUGCUCGACGACGAGCAGAAGCUCAAACUCGACAGAGUUUCACACAGCACAUUCGAGAACAAUGA